UCGAAGGCUAUUCGGCCUCGGCGGAGCCGGUGCGCGAGGCUGCGGGUGUGCUUGAGCGGCCUGCCCCGGGCCCGCCGCUGCCAUGGACGGUCUGCGCCAGCGCUUCGAGCGGUUUCUAGAGCAGAAGAACGUUGCCACCGAAGCGCUCGGAGCGCUCGAAGCCAGGACCGGUGUAGAGAAGCGGUAUCUGGCCGCGGGGGCUCUCGCGCUGCUAAGCCUGUAUCUUCUGUUCGGCUACGGGGCCUCUCUACUGUGCAAUGUCAUCGGAUUUGUAUACCCCGCAUAUGCUUCAGUCAAAGCUAUCGAGAGCCCAGCCAAGGAAGACGAUACUGUGUGGCUAACCUACUGGGUGGUGUACGCCCUGUUCGGCCUGAUCGAGUUCUUCAGCGAUCUACUCCUGUUCUGGUUCCCUUUCUACUACGCGGGCAAGUGCGCCUUCCUGUUAUUCUGCAUGACUCCGGGACCCUGGAACGGGGCUCUAAUACUGUACCAUCGCGUCAUACGACCACUAUUUCUAAAACACCACGUGGCCCUAGACAGCGCCGUGAACAAUCUCAGCGGAAGGGCGUUGGACAUAGCGGCUGGGAUAACCCGGGACGUACUGCAGGCCCUGGCACGGGGCCGGGCUCUCGUCACCCCAGCCUCAACAAUGGAGCCCCCAGCCGCUCUGGAACCGGACUCCAAGUCAGGUCAGAGUCUGCUCCUGAAGCACAAGUGAGAUCCCCUGGGAGCCUGUGCACAGAGCCCCUGGCCAGUGACAAAGAGCACACAGCCGAGGCCCAGCUCUCUGACUCCUCCUCAGACGCCCAAACAGAGACCGAACA